AAUCAAAAUACUGUACUAAUUAAAUAAAAGUAUUGUAUUGAAUGAAAAUAACCGAUGUGCCAUUCACUUUCUAUAUUUAUCAGAAUCAGUAAUCGUGUAUUAUUUAAUUGAAGCUUGUGUAAAUUAGUGUUUAUUUACUUGUGUAAUAUUUUUUCAUAGAAUGUAUUUAACUCAUUUUAAAUUUUGAAGCUUAUUCUAGUGUAAUAAAAUUGAAUUAUAAAAGUUAUGACUUCACUUCUCUUUUUAAAAUCUGUCUUGUUUGCUAAUGCAACUCAAAAGAAAAAAAAAGUAAACAAGGUUAUCUCUAAAAGAAAGAAAUCAUAUGAGAAUUGUCGAAUAUGCAAUAAAAUGAGGGCUGACAUUCAAAUUUUUGAUAAUUCUAAUAAAAUUAAUAUAUCUGAAGAAGUUGAGAAAAUAUCUGGUGUUAUGAUUAGUAAGUUUGAUGACCAUUCAAAACACAUUUGUCAAAAUUGUUAUCAACUUUUAAAGAGCUGUAUUCUAUUUCGGGACAUGUGUCAGAAAAAUAAUAAGAGGCUUGAAGUUGAAGUGUCUAUUAAAACAGAGCAAAUAGCUUGUAAUGAAAAAGAAAGUUUUCCAACAACCUGUGAUGAAGAAGACGUCUAUAUACCAUCUCCUGCAAAUUCUGAUGAUGAAUUGGACCUUUGGCAAUGUUCUAUUUGCAACAAACAGUUUUUAAAUGCGAAAUUAUUUAAUUUACACGUCAGACAAUGUAAAAAUGUGAAUGGAGAGAAGAAAACAUUUUUAUGUGAUAUCUGUGGAAAAGUAACUAAGACUAAGGCAAAUCUUUUGAAUCACAAAAGCACACACGUUAACGUGUUCCCAUUUAAGUGUGAUGUUUGUCCGUACAGAGGGAGGACGGUCGAUUUACUAAGAGUGCACAAACGUAGCCAUUUAAAAGAUAAGCCAUAUAAAUGUACUCAAUGCCCCAAAGCUACAACCACCUCUAGUAAUUUGGCCAAGCACAUACAACAUGUCCAUAGUAAAAUUCGACCGCAUAAGUGUUCAUACUGUGAGAAAGCUUUUUCGACAAAACAUUGUAUGAACAAGCACAUCAAAGACAUACAUUUGAGACAAGGAACUGCUGAAUGCGAUAUUUGCUUCAAGAAGUUUAAUACUAAGAAAAUACUCCAAGGUCAUCGACAUAAAGUUCAUAAAAUUAAGGGCGAAAGACACGGUCGCUUGCCGUCCUACCUCCAAUGUCAAACUGAAGAAAAUCCUAAUGAUAAUGACACAUGUGAAGAUAUGCCUCUCGAUAAUUACUUACAUUUAUCAAAUUAAAAGAACUGAUUACCUACUUAAUUUUUCUAAGUUUUAUCUAGGAGUAUAAUAUAAAAGGGUCCAUAUUCUAAAACAAUAUUUUACUCUCAUAAGAUAAUAUUGAAAUCGAUUUCAUUAUAAAUAUAAUUUGACAAAUGAUGAGGAUUGUUUUAGCUUGAAGACAUUUAGGAAUACGACCUUAAUUUAACUUGUAUUUUGUAAGUUGAAAGUUUAUCUGAAAUAUAUUUAUUUGAAAAAAACAGACUUUUAAUAUGUAUUAUUGCAAUAGCUCCAAAAUGUUACUUAAGUGAUUUAUGCGUUGGUUACAACGACAUGCGACAGUCGACUAUACGACUACGGAAAUGGUUGUGCUUCUUUGGUCCCAGAAUUAUCGAAAUUAGUAAUAUUACUAUAUAUGUUUGAUAAUGUUAAUAUUGUUUUAUAAACUUCGGUACUAUCCCCUUAUUCAUAAAAACUAAGCCAUUCUAGAUGCAUCUUUAACUAAUAACUCUGGUGUAUUUCUGUCAAAUGGCGUUGACGCUGUAAUGAAGAGACAAAUAAACAGAAAAA